CUGCGGGUUAACGAGACAGCAGCGAUAGAUGCUAUUUAGCAUCUUUGCUGAGUAUUAAAAUAGUUUUACUUACUUUGUUUACUAGCACGAUGAAGCUUUGUGAAUUUUACUACGCAAAUUAUAGUAGAUAUUUACACUGUGUGUGAUUAUCACGAUGUUAUAUUUGUAUUUCUUUGAAACCGUUACCAUCCUCUACGCAGUGAUUUUUCAUCUUAUUUAUUUGAAUUGUUGUGAUUGCCAGUUGGUAAUUAAUGUUAAAAAUCAAGGCGGUGACAUUGUUCAGGAAUCCAUUACUUCUAAUACAAGUGAUGAUACAAUAACACUGGAAUUUCAGCGUCCGGAAGGGACACUUAUAACGCAGUUCUUAGACUUUAAAUCGGAAGUGCAGAUUUUCCGUGUACUAGUUCUUGGGGAAGAAGAAAGAGGUCAGAGUCAGUACCAAGUUCUGUGUUUUGCAACACAAUUGAGUAAAAAUGAUUUUAUAUCAGCAGAUGCCAUGUCAAAACUCAGACAGCGUAAUCCUGGAGCAGUGCGGCAACCUGAAGAGGAUAGAGGCAAAGAAAUCCUUGAGAUGGAUCUCAGCAUUGAACUUGAAAAGUCUUCCGUUAUUUCUCCACAUCUUCCAUACCUAUGUGAUGAAGCUGUUCAUUCUGCUUAUGCCAGGGAAAUCGACUUGCGAGCCUGGGCAAGUCCUAAAGCUUUAAGUAGAGACAUAGUUACCUUGACUUCAUCUGUAAAACGAUUUCCCCCUCCUAAGCCCGUCCGUUGUAAUGAAAACAGCAACCUGUGGCAACCUUGUCAAUGUCGCCUUGAAAUCUGUGUUGGGUGGUAUCCAUGUGGAUUGAAGUAUUGCCGUGGUAAGGACUCUUCUGGUAAAGCCAUCAGUUAUCGUUGUGGAAUAAAAACAUGCCGUAAAUGUCGUGCAUUUGAAUUUUUUGUUCAGCAGAAACAGCAAUGCUUGUGGGAUGAAUGAACUAAUAUCAGUUUUACACAUAAUCAUCUCAUUACCUUUUUCAAAUUUUUGAAGUAUAUUGCAUUGCAGAUUUUAUUAUAAGUAUUCUUUGUGUUAUUGAUGAUUUUCUCACUCUUAUUAAAUUACAUGUUAAAAAAUGUUAUUUUUAUAUUCAUAAGCGCAAAAUUGUAUAUUGUCUUUAUUUGAAAUUUUACUUUCCCUUGGGAGGCUUUUUUUCUGCAAGUAAACUUUUCUUUAGGUUAUCAAAAUUUAUAAUUGCACCAGUUAAAUUUCAAUUAAUUUUUAACUUAAAAUGAAGAACGUAUUUUCUCAUUUUAAAAUUGUUACUGCAAAUCUGAUACAAGCUCCGUGUGUUUCUGGAUGAAUCUUUAUUUGCGGCAUCUUAAAUAACAUAUCAACUUUAGAAUGUAGAAUUUUGUGUUUAUAUUAAAAUGUUAGAUUAACUAUAUUUUCUGAAUAUGUUAAGAAAUGCUUUUUUGGUAAUUAAAUACCUGAGUAACAUGAUACAUACAAUCUAUUUUAUUAAAUAAUUGUUUUCCUUUGCAACUGUAGUUUAUUUGUUGUUUUAAACUGUUAGUUAAGUGAAAUAUUAA